AACAAGCUUGGUUGCCUGCUAAUAAUAAUGCUAAUCAAAUCUGGAGUUCCAAUCCGGAUAAAUCCGUUAUCCAUUUAUCCGUAUCUGAAUUAUCCGAAUCAUUCAGAUCGGAUAAACAGCCGGAUUAUCUGACAGAUAUCCGGAUAAUUGAAUAUCAAUA